AUAGAAUACUCAAUUUAUGAAUUUAGGUUUACACUAACUGCGUCUAGUGUCUAGCUAGCUAGAUCUAGAUCUUCUUGAUCUAUCUUCUCUAGAUCUAGACCAGAUUCUAGAGUAGAUUUGGCGUACAAGCGUACAUACAUAAGUCCUAAGUUAUCGUGAUGGCGUCUGAAGUAGAGUUGGCACAAUCUGCACAACCGGGAGGAGAUACAAUAUUUGGAAAAAUUAUACGAGGAGAAAUAAAAACAAAUUUUUUGUAUGAAGAUGAGCAGUGUGUAGCUUUCAAUGAUAUUGCUCCACAAGCUCCAGUCCAUUUUCUAGUUGUACCCAAGAAACAAAUUGUUAAGCUCUCAGAUGCACAAGACUCUGAUGAACAGCUUUUAGGCCACCUACUGAUAGUAGCAAGGAAAGUUGCCAAGGAUAAAGGUUUAAACAAUGGCUAUAGAGUUGUCAUCAAUGAUGGUCCUUUUGGUGGCCAAGAAGUAAUGCAUAUCCAUGUGCAUGUGGUUGGUGGUCGGCAAAUGGGCUGGCCCCCUGGAUAAUCUUUAUGCCUACUACAAUUUUACAGAAGAAUUAUUUGUUAAUUGUAUUUGAAAAAUACACUAACACAAUAUUUUGUUAAAUUUAGAAUUUCAGUUUCAAUUAUAACUGUAAUUUAGUUUUUUUUUACAUGUAAUAUUACUUUAAUCUGUAGCUUCAGUCUAGUGUUAAGUUUUUAACAUGACAGUUCCUUUCUGAUAGUAGAUUUUUAAAAAUUAAUUAUAUCUGCUCUGUCUCCAGUUAUUGGGCCAUCUUCUCAUUGUAGCCAAAACAGUUGCUAAAGAGCAAGGCCUAGAUAAAGGGUUUCGAAUCAUCAUCAAUGAUGGGAAAGAUGGUGGUCAGUCUGUGUACCAUAUCCAUAUCCAUGUUACUGGAGGUAGACAG